AUGGUGUGCGACAACAAAAUAUACGUCACUGGGGACCAGUCCACUUCGUUUAGUGCUAAGGGAAUCCCAUCUGCCGAGGUGUAUGAUCUGAGUUCUGUGCCUAGCAUGAGCAUGUCGAGUAAAGUCCAAGUGAUCGGCGGAUACAACGAGAAGCUAGACUCGGGUCACACAAUCCCUUUCAUCGUGGAGCAUGGCUCGGUCGAUGUGUACAAUCCGAACAUGGGGAGAUGGGAACUGAUGGCGACAAUGUGGCAAUCGGAUGUUCCACCUAGCCAAAUUCUUGCCCUUGAUGAUGGGAGGCUGUUCACCUCAGGAGAUCGCCGCAGGUCUUGGAAGGGCUACAUCAUUGCCCAUGAUCCCGAGCUCAACAUGUGGGACACCGUCCCUGGGUCGCUACAAGAGACUGUCUUCAGCGGUGGCCAUGUCUGA